AUGCCAGACAAGGAACUUUGGGAGCCGAGCCGGACGAACACUGCCUCGCAGUCGUACCCUCCACCAUGGCCGCCCUCGACAUCUCGCCAAUGCGCUCGCGAUGGUGAAGAUAGGGAUGGAAAUGUUUCCGACGAGUGCAGCCGACGAGAUGAUCUUAACCGGGCCGGGAAUUCAUAUAGCGGUGGUCGGGGUACUCACACAGGCCUAGUCCAAGUGCUUCGGGAAGACGACAUGGAGGAUCUCGCGGCCCCGCAAUCACCCCACUCAACACUAUCAUACCCCAUGUCCUGGCCGACACUUCACGAGAAUGACUAUUGGGAUGGCCCCGGUGACAGCAACCCACGGGACUAUCACGUGCGGACUGAGCCUCACCCGGGGCGUGGUCGAGACACCCAUACGAGCCCAGACGAUGAGAUUCAAGAACCGAAGAUGGAUCCUGCCCCUCGGUUACGCAGCCCAACACGGGCGCACUCAGUAUCGCGAAGACCUCAUGAGGGUGGUUAUAUGACAAACCUUAGCUACAGAGACUCACGGGGCACCUCCAGGCCGGGUGCGUCUCAACAGGGUGUUGGCCAGAGGACUCGUAAGAGGCAAGAGGAAGAGGUUCAAGAAGAAGCUGACACGGAGGAUUAUAACCCUCCACGCCGUGUACCACGGGCACCUUCAAUGUCGCAAAGGCCUCAUGAGGGUGGUUAUAUGACGAACCUUAGCCGCAGAGACCCACAGGACAUCUCCUGGCCGGCUGCGUCUCAACAGCGCGGUAGCCGGAGGACUCGUAAGAGGCAAGAUGAAGAGAUUCAAGAAGAAGCUGAUACGGAGGAACCUACCCCUCCUCCACGUCGUGCACCACGGUCAUCCUCAGUAUCGCGAAGACCUCAUGAGGGUGGUUAUACGACAAACCCCAGCCACAGAGACUCACGCGACAUCUACAGGCCGGCUGAGUCUCAACGUCGUGGUAGCCGGAGGUCUCGUAGGAACCAAGGUGAAGAGGCUCAAGAAGACGCUGACACGGAGGGCCCUACCUCUCGGCCACGCCGUUCAACAUCGACACGGACACCCUCAACAUCCCGCUACAUGCCUCGCGGUGGUGACCAUCAGGCUCGGUCCGGUACUAACAUCACGCAAGGUACCCUUACCCUUACACUGGAUGUGUCUGAAUCUAGCGGGCAAGAGUCAGAUGUCCCCGUCCAAGCACCUAGAGCCCCCGUUAGUGGCAAGUCCAAACAUGGGCCGCGUGAUGGGGAUAGCCAGCAGGUGAGCAACGGGGACUCCUCCAAACGCGACUACAGAGACUCUGGCUACCAGCACUUGAGCGCAGCGCAACCAAGACGCAGCACAUCACGCAGCCCUGGGAGGGGACUUGCAAUCCCCGAUUUCUAUAAUAUCUUGCAAGAUACGGGUCUCUUUCAAAAGCCUAAAAGAAAUGCGGCUCUCAACAGGUUGUACGACGCCCUCGGAAAGAUUAACUCAAAGGGAGGGCGCGAUCAGAUCUUCUUGAUCGAUGACGCGAGCUCCAUGGCCUACCACAAGAGCAAGGUCGAGCAGUGUGCCCGAGUUCUCGCGUACGCAGCCAAGGUCUCGGACCCUGACGGUAUGGACGUGUACUUUACCUCCGAGAUGCACAACCGCAAGACGUAUAAAAGGAGUAGCCAGGUCGAGGCAGCCAUACGCAAGCACGACUUCCGCCCUUACCGAACGACCAACAUGGCCAAGUGUCUGGGAGAGCUUUUAGACGGUAGGAGAGGCCGAUUAAGGAGACUGAGGCGGGCCAGUAUCUAUGUCUUGACGGAUGCGGUAUGGGAAGACUGCGAUCCGGGCGUCGACCAUUGCAUCGUGCGGGAAGCGAGAACACUCAAGGAGGAAGGCUCCCUCCCGAGCGACCUCAUGAUUCAGUUUAUCAGAUUUGGUGAUCAAGGUGAUAGCCAACUUGCCGAACGCUUGCGCUAUCUCGAUGAUGACCUUGUGGACAGGUUUGACCUCGGUGAAUUUGACAUUGUAGACACACGCCACUGUGAUGGAGACGUUUCCGAGAUGCUCAUUGGUAGCAUAUCGCGGGUGAAUGACCGAAGGUCAAGCUAA